GUAGCUGAGAAAAUUCGAUCCGUCGUCCAUCGCGAGGGCAUAAACCCUUCAAAUAGCAUUCUUGUUGCGACGCUUGUGUCUGGAGGUCAUGUCGCGCAAGCGUAGCAGGCAACAUGCCGAGAAUGACAAUAACAUUGAUGGAUCUUCUGAUUCUACCAAAGUCGAUCUCGUAGCUCAUGGCAAUGCUUCGCCGAAUGGGAAUAUGGAUAUACAAGGAUCGGGCUCAAAACCUUCUAACGAUGAUAACUGGCAAGAAGUGCCAAGUCAAGGCAAGAAAAAGCGCAGAAUCAACCCGGCCAAGGGCACCACAAACUAUCCUUCCAUUUAUCAUUCGCCUAAUGCACGAUUGCAAACGAAUGUCAAGAUAAGCGACCUGCAACAUCUCAUCCUAUACAUUCUUUCCGACGGACCAGCUCCACAGUGGGUUGCUAUCAGACACCGUGAUGCCAUCAAGAAAGUCGUGGCCAUUACUAUUCCAGGUUUUGAUCCCGACCUGUUCACUGGACGUACACCGCUUCUACGCGUGUCAGAGCAGCCAGCCAAUAUAGAAGCGGUUUCAACCAAUUCCGCCUACUUUAAAGACUCUAACACGGCUUCACCAGCAGAUGUGGACACAACUGACGCAAACCAAGAGCGAAAAGAUGGAAGUGAAUCGACACCAAAGCGAGUGCAUCUAUCACCUGAUGAUUACUAUCCCAAAAAACUCGACGUGGCCAUCUUGCCGGCCACUUUGAGGCCAUUUGCUGACAUGUUUACCCAUAUCUGGCCGGUCAAAGCUCCCGGAGAUGACAAAUAUGCGAAAAUCCACUCUCCUCUUCAGUCUAUGCUCCUCACGCCGUUGCCCAAAUCAAAGGACGAAAAAAAGAAGAAGGGACCGAGCUUGGCGAAGUCGAAUGACUUCGUAGAAAAGCUCACGCCGAUCACAGAAUUCAUUGCAUCUGCACAAGAACUCGAGAGUAGCGACUACGUACUUCACCCAGCACUGUGCGAAACGGAAGCGGCGAAGGCUUCUCUCGUGGAGCUUCGACGUAGCACUAUGCAAUCGACUGAACAUGGCUGGAUCGAUACCGCCACCGGUGCACGAGAUGCGCCUGAGCAACAAGCCAGCGCGGAUGAUGUUACUGGUGGACGGCACGUCAUUGCUAUUGACUGCGAAAUGUGCAAAACAGGCGACGAGCAGCUCGAACUCACUCGCAUAAGUGUUCUGGACUGGGACGGAAACAUCGUGCUUGAUGAACUGGUCAAACCCGAAGCUCCUAUCACCGAUUAUCUCACGCAAUAUUCCGGUAUCACGGAGGAAAUGUUAGCUCCGGUAACGACUCGCCUCACGGACAUACAGAAGAGACUUCAAGAGGUUAUCAAGCCAUCGACGAUUAUUAUCGGGCAUUCGCUCGAUGGGGACUUCAAGGCGCUGCGCAUGACACAUCCUCAUAUAGUAGACACAGCCAUCAUUUACCCUCACCCAAGAGGCCCACCGCUCAAGAGCAGCCUGAAAUGGUUGGCGCAGAAGUAUUUGGGUCGCGAGAUUCAGAAAAGUCACGGAACGACGGGGCACGACAGCGUUGAGGACGCAAAAGCCGUGCUCGACCUAGUGAAGCAAAAAUGUCAGAAAGGCCACAGUUGGGGCACGAAUGAGGCAAGCAGCGAGUCGAUUUUCAACCGAAUCAAGAGGUCGCCGGUCCCAAAGAUAUUUCGAAAGAACCCGGGCGAAGAGGAAUUCCGGUCCAGCGCGGUGGUCGAUUGGGGUAACCCUACUCGUGGGCUCGGGGCAAAUGCCGAUGUCAUCCGAGGCUGUGAGAACGAUUCCGAAGUUGCAGAGCAAGUCAAGAGACUCCUUGUCUCAGAUGACAAUGAAGCUGCGACAAAAGGCGUCGAUUUCAUAUGGGCCCGGUUUCGAGAGGUGGAGGCGGUGCGCGGAUGGUGGGAAAAGUCAAAGACGAGCGACAACAACGAGAUGCGCCAGCAAGCCUUGGCGAGGUACUCGUUGACGGAGGAAGAGGUCAGGGCAGCUCAGCCAAAUUUGCAAGCGCUAUCUCAGGCGGUGGCCAACACAGUGAAGCACCUUUCAGCCAUCUACGAGGCGCUGCCGCCGUGCACGGCAUUCAUUGUUUACAGUGGCCAUGGCGAUCCACGAGAGGUUUUUCGGAUGCAAGCACUCCACCAACAGUUCAGAGACGAAUACCGAACUAAGAAAUGGGAUCAGCUGAGCGUGAAGUGGACCGAUGUCGAGGAGCAGCAGAUGCGUAGAGCAUGUAAGAAGGCCCGGGAAGGUCUUGGCUUUAUCACUGUAAAAUAAUGAUUUUUGGGAUAGAUUGCAUUGUGUCUUGAGCAUUCUGAGCAAAGCAGGGCAGUGCAGAGCAGUGCAGGGCGAUCGCGAAACGCGGCUAGUUCGUGGCGCAAGCGCGAUCUGUACGUUGGCAAAAUGUGUCAUGAAUACAGUCCACUUUCGACCCUGUAAAAAAGC